GGCGGGGCUGCGGACGGAGGUCGGCCGGCAAAGUGGAAGGGCCGCUUUCAGUGGCGCGGCUGGGCCCAGGAUUUGAAAUGUCCGGCAGAAAGGUCAUCGUGACUAGAGCUGCUUGUAUAGAGAAUCUACUAUCUGAAAAAAAAUACCAAGAUAUUGUGAGUCAUCUUGCAUAUCUUGAAACUGUUGCUAUGACUAUAGACCAUCUCCAGGAGACGGAGAUUGCCAGAGCUGUGUUCAGAAUCCUCAAGAACUGUCCUUCUACGGUUCUGAAAAAUAAGGCAAAGCAUUUACUGUCAAAGUGGAAAACACUUUAUAAAAAUCAUUACCAUCAAUCUAUACAAGAUAAGCCAGCAUUGUCUGAUAAUGCCAAAGAGGAUUCUGAUCACCUUCAAAUGGCCUUGGAAGAUGUAAGCUCUUCUGAAAAAUUGAAUCCGUAUGAAAAAUUAGAUCCUGCCAAUUCCAACAGUUGCCUGCCAUCAGAAAACCAUCUAAAAGAUACUGAAAGAAAUGUGCAAAAAGAUAAUGCAAUUCAACCAGCACUUCUGGAGCAUUCUAGUUCUGUUAGUGAAACCAGCCCAUGUCAGGAUCACACUGCAGCUGUGAGAUGUAAAUGCUCAGAACUUCUUUAUGAAGCUUUGAUGGACUCUUCAACAAGUAAUGAAGAAAGUGAAAAGCAUCGCAAAAUAGCUGAAGAAAUCGAACAAUGCAUUUAUACACUUCAUGCUAAGAUUGAUAGAAAAUACAAGAAUUGCGUCCGAAGCAAAGUUUCUAACUUGAAGAAUCCUAAAAAUUCUCAUUUAAAACACAAUCUGUCUAUAGGGGUUCUUAGUCCUAAGACAUUUGCUGAUAUGUCUGUGCUUGAAAUGGCACAUGAUGAGCUGAAGCAGCUCAGGGCUUCAUACACAGAAUUAUCUGUUCUGGAGCAUCAACUCCCCCAAAGUAUCAACGGUACACAGACAAAUAAAAUAAAAUGUAGACGCUGUGAAAAAUUUGAUUGCACUGUUACUGUGAUUGCCAGGGGAGCUCUUUUCCUUCCUGGUUGGGUACGAAAUACAAAUCCAGAUGAACAAAAGAUGACUUAUGUAAUUUGUAAUGAAUGUGGAGAACAGUGGUACCACAGCAGAUGGGUUUGUUUGUGAUAAUGCAUCCUUUAAUGAAUAUGUCUUUAGAGGAAAUAAAUAUAAAAUAUGAAAUUACUAAAGGACAAAUAUCUGAGUAUGGAAACAUUUUAAGUGCUUUAGUGUUUUGUAAAGCCAUAAAAAUGUGGAUGUGCAUUAUGAAGGAAAUGGUUAUACAACUACAAGAAAUCAGAAUAUGCUUCUAGUCUUUUCCAACUUGUUAUAAUAAUGAACAUUAUUAUAAUGCCAUCAAUGUAAUAUAAUUAGAAAUAUAUAAAAUUCCAAAAACAUAUUAAGACUGAUUUCACACACACACACUCCACCAAAUAUACUAGUAACUUUCUGGACUCAUUUUAAGUAAUGGUGGGCCAAACUGCAGUAUAGGGUUUCAUAAACAUUGUCAUACUUCUUGAAAUCCCACCCUCUUUCGCAGCUUUUCAGGAAAGACCCCAAAGGGUUCAUUUACAAGGGAGAGUGCUUUCUUGGCACAGGUGCCCCUCUUAUGGAAUGCCCCCCCCCCCAAAGAGUUCCACAUGGCACCAACCUUGCCUUUUGGCCCUGCAGGCAAAAAUAUUUUGAUAUGCCUCAACAUUUUAAUAGUUUUCUCCUAAUUUCAUUGAGCAAGUUUUGACUGUUUUGAACUUUAAUCAGCUGUUUGGGUUUUGUUUCAUUUUGUCCUAUUUCAUUUAUGCUGCACUCUACCUUGAAAUAUGAGACAAAGGACAGUAUAAAAAUGUUUUAAAUAAAUAUUGAUGAAUA